AUGGUUGCUAGGUUGGGCAACAUGUCUGCCCUUAAGGACUUCCUCUCAUUCCUCGCCACGGUCAGUGGUGAUAUCUCCCAUAUCACAGCCCCGCCUUUCAUCCUAGCGCCCCAGUCCCUGACGCAGUUCCCGUCAUAUUGGGCCGAAAGACCGUUCUUGUUCACGGCUGCCGCGCAUGAAUCAGACCCCGAGAAGCGGAUACUCUUGAUUCUGAAACUAUACCUCGCCAGUCUCCAACGGCAGUACUAUGUCGGACGAACGGUGAAAGAAGGAUUGAAGAAGCCUCUCAAUCCUUACUUGGGUGAACUGUUCUUUGCCGAGUUUAGCGAUCAGGAUAUUACCGACGAAAAGGCAACCGGCUCCAAAGUCAGAGUCAUCGCCGAACAAGUCUCACACCAUCCACCUACUACAGCAUGCUUUCUGUCAGCAGAUGACGACGGGGUACGUGCCGAGGCGUAUUCGACCCAAGCGACGACACUCUGUGGCACGUCAAUCAUGAUUCGGCAGUCUGGCCACGCGGUUUUGACCGUCGACAAAUACAAUGAGACAUAUCUGUUGCCCUUACCAGAUGUGAAUGCCCGGAGUAUAAUAUCGGGUGUGCCCUGGCCAGAAUUGAAUGGCACCUACAAAAUUCUGAGCUCCAGUGGCUAUACCGCGGAGAUGCGGUUCGUUGGGAAAGGGUUUUGGGGAGGUGAGAGGAAUUGUUUCGAGGCCUCAGUCUACCGCACCACCGACAAAGCCGAGAAUCCAAGAGCAAUCUUUACAUUAUCAGGCAGCUGGAGUUCGAAGUUCACCAUCUCGAAUUCCAAGGGCAAAGAAGUCGAGGUGUUCGAUCUCUCUGAUCCCAAGAACGCACCAGCACCGAUGUCCACGAGACCUGUAAGCGAACAGAAUGCUUGGGAGUCACAGAAAGCGUGGGCGCGGACUUUCGAAGCCAUCCGAAAGGCCGACCACGGCGAGGUGGUCAAGCAGAAAUCCAAGCUCGAAAAUGCACAGCGUGAGAUGCGGAAGAGGGAACGAGCUGAGGGGCGGACCUGGGAGACCAUGUUCUUCACCAAAGUGGACGACUCAGGUGAGGCGGUCGCCUCGGAAGACGUCGUGGAGAGUCUCUUGGACCAGCUCGACCCAGCGGAAGCCAGUCGUCUGCGCGGCAUUCAUGGCCGCUGGAGGUUUGCGCCUGAGAAGGAGCAGAGGUGGAUAUCGGGCAAUGGCUCCUAUCGGGCGCCCUCGCCAUUUGGAUGA